UUCCUUCCAAACGCGUUUGCACAGGCACCCACUGCCGCCGCCCCGCUUCGUGACCACGUACAAAUUCGACAGCACCGACAUGUACAUCAACAUUUGAAGGCAUGCUCAUUGACAUCAACUUUUUCUCGCAGGCACCAUGAAUGGGCACCUCGAGGAGCGCUUUUCUAAGCGCUCCAAAAAGCAAGCUCCGGCUCCUGGCGACACGGCAGCUGAGCGCACAAUGGCAUUCAAACUGAACCCUCGCGUAGCGAAAUACUUCGAGAAAUCAGUCGAUGGACCUGGCUGGUUGUCCAAGCCGGAACUCCCGACCUCAGCAGAAGUCAUGGAUCACGACGACGACAACAAUUCGUCUUCUGAUGUCGUUGAGCUGGAGCCAAACCGGCCAUCUGGCGCGUGGGAAUCGAAGGAGGAAUACUUGUCUACGCAGUACGAGCUUUACCGCGAAGACGCCAUCCGGGGCCUCCGCGAAGCGGUCACAAGAAUGCGCAUAUGCCCCGAUGCUGUCGAGGACUCGUACAAUGGCAAAAUCGGCAUAUACGAAAAGGUCCACAUCUGCGGAGUUACUGCUUCGACUCGAGGGCUGGCUCACAGAAUUACCUUCAGCACACGGCGUGCUGGCAAGAUCAUUCUGUGGGAACAGUCCAAGAGAUUGAUUGCCGGUGGUUUGGUGGUGCUCACGCCGGCAGAUGACAAGUUCAAGUCAAAGGCUAUCGUGGCGACUGUUGCAGCGCGCCCUCUCGAGUACCUCAAGUUCGACCCACCGGAGCUGGACCUCUUCUUUGCAUGUGCCGAUGAACUGGAGAUCGAUCCCGCUACCGAAUGGUUGAUGAUUGAAGACAAAUCGGGCCUUUACGAGGCGAACCGGCACACAUUGCUCGCCUUGCAACGCAUGAUGCGCGAGCCAUUCCCGCUCGCGGAGCACAUUCUGUCAGCGCACACCGCAAUAUCGCCGCCGAAGUACAUCACGGAGCACCCACACCUCAACCUGGCUGCGGUGCUCGAUGGCAACAAUGAGGAAUCGUACGAAAACGUUGAUGUUGUGAGCGCAUGGCCUCACGACCCGCAGAGUCAGCUCGACAGCUCGCAGCUUGAGGCACUCCAACGUAUACUGACCAAGCGCCUCGCCAUCGUCCAAGGUCCUCCGGGAACUGGCAAGACACACGUCUCUGUGAAGGCUGUCAAGGUCAUGCUUGAGAACUGGCAACCUGGCGAUCCACCAAUUCUUGUGGCAUGCCAAACAAAUCACGCUAUCGACCAGUUCUUGCGUCACGUUGCCACGUUCGAGACUGAUUUCGUGCGCCUUGGUGGUAGAAGCAAGGACAAAGACGUGGUGAAGAAGCGUGUCCUCUUCAACGUGCGGAAGGAGACGUCCGAGAAUCCACCAGCUGGGUCCCUAUACACAAAGGCCCGUGCAAGCCUGUACAAGCUACAGAAGCAGCUUCCCUUGUUGCUUACGGCGCUGCAACCUAGCAAGAAACCUUUGGAUCACCGACUACUCGAGAGCUGCAAGAUCUUGACGGAGGCGCAGGCCGACUCGCUUGAAGAGGGCGCGUCUCGUUGGGUGCAAAGCACCAAGACCGUUUCGAACGAAGCGAACUUGCCUUUCACGGUCUGGCUCGGCUCGAAACUGAUUCCAGUGAACCCCAAGCAGACCAGCAAUGAACAUGGUUUUGAUCACGAGGAGGCUGAUCUAGAGCAAGAGCGUCUGCGUGAAGAAGAGGCAGAAAAUGCCGCACAGGAGGAGGAAGAAUUCGACAAGCUCCAUGGCCAAUAUUACGACAUUGCGGACAACUUCACCUGUCGCAAAACACCUGGAAUCGACCACAAAGCGGAAGAAUUCCUCAAACAGCAAGACAUGUGGAAGAUUCCGGAGGCUGCCAGAGGUGCUGUCUACCGCCAUUUGCAGUCUGCUUUGAAGAAGUACAUUCUCCCAGGCAUCCGAGACUUGGCCAAGAAGCUGAACGAGGAGGCCGGGAGGCGCCGAAUCGGCCAAUUCGAGAUGGACGAACUCAUUCUCAAGAGACAGAAGAUCAUUGGUAUGACGACAACGGGACUCGGCAAGUACCGUGGCCUCCUAUCUGCGCUUCAGCCAAGAGUCGUUCUCAUUGAAGAAGCAGCUGAGACCUUGGAGGCUCCAGUCACGGUCGCCUGUAUGCCAUCACUCCAGCAUCUCAUUCUUGUGGGCGAUCAUCUGCAGCUUCGACCGCACACGCAUGUAAAUGAGCACGAAGACGAGCCGUGGUAUCUCAACGUUUCGCUGUUCGAACGCAUGGUCAACAACAAGCUGGAAUAUUCGACACUACGCAAACAACGUCGCAUGAUUCCAGAAGUGCGUCGUAUACUUGCUCCAAUCUACGGUGACCUCAUCGAAGACCAUCCAUCGGUUUCCGACCCUAAGCAUCGCCCCAGUGUAGCUGGCAUGGGAGGAGUGAACUCGUUCUGGUUCACUCACGCUUGGAGAGAGAGUCGAGACGACAUGAUGUCUUGCUACAACGAAGACGAAGCGCGGAUGAUCGCAGGAUUCGUCGAGUAUCUCUGCUACAACGACGUGCAACCCGAGGAUAUUACGAUCCUCACCUUCUACAAUGGCCAACGCAAGAAGAUUCUCGCAGAAUUGCGUGCUCGCGUUGCCCUGAGGGAUCGUAGAUUCACAGUCGUGACUGUCGACUCCUACCAAGGUGAAGAGAACAAGAUUGUCCUCUUGAGUCUGGCCCGGUCGAACGACAACUAUCAGAUUGGCUUUCUCUCGGUCGACAAUCGCGUUUGUGUUGCUCUUUCUCGCGCUCAAUGCGGAUUCUACAUCUUCGGCAACGCCGAAUUACUUCAUAACGUCGAGAGGUCUUACGCUAAAGUCAAGUCCAAGAAGCGAAUUGAGCGUCAAGAUGCAGGCAAGCUGCGGAAACCCAAGACUUGGACCCAGGUGAUGCAGAUUAUGGCCGGUCAGGAGGUUGCGCGGCCCGGAGAGAUCCCCAAGGUUCAUCCUCAGCGUUUCGAUGAGCAUUUCCCGAUACAUUGCCAAAAGCACAAGACCAAAGUGGUCAUCGACUCACCAGAGGACUGGGAGAGAAUCAAUGGCGGAUGCACAAUCGACUGUCAAGAGCAACUCCCCUGCGGCCAUCCUUGCCCGUGCAAAUGCCAUCCCUUCGACCACAACAUUGUCAACUGCACCAAAUGUCGAGAGCCGUCUACCACGAAUGCAGGCUUGCAACUGACAGCUGUAGUCAAGAAGACGUCGGCUGGGCAAUUGUCGGACGGUUCACGUGCAACGUCGAGCUCAGGAGAUUCCGAGUCGUGGAAAUCAUUUGCAGUGGCUGCACAGAACGAAUACCAACAGGCAGUCGAUGCGUACGUGCCAUAUUCGCAGCUUCCGAAGCCAAACGCGACCUUGAUCGAAAUUGACGAUACAGGCACGGCGCGCAACCUUGCCGCCAUUCAGACCAAUGUCGAGAACUUGUCCAUUGAUCCGGGCAGCGCCUCGACAGUCACGCCCUCCCAUGUCUCUCAGAAUACCAAGAAGCCGAAACUUGGUCUCGACGGCGCAGCAGAUGACUCGUCCAGCUCGGGCAGCAUCCCAGCAGGCAAGGCUAAGCGGCAGAAGUGGAAGGAGACCUUUCGUCCAGAGAAGGAACCAGUAAAGAAGGACUGGUCGCAGGAGGAGAGCUUGCUAGAUUGA